UGAUUCCUUCACACAAGUUUGAAGGUUUCUUUUUUUCUUCUUCCUCUAAUUCUUCAUACCCCUUCCUAAAAAAAAAAUGGCGGACGAGGUUUACGACGGUGCCGUCGGCAUCGAUCUGGGUACCACCUACUCUUGCGUUGCCACCUACGAGGGUAACAAUGUCGAGAUCAUUGCCAACGAGCAGGGUUCCUUCACCACCCCCUCCUUCGUUUCCUUCACGGACAAGGAGCGUCUCAUUGGUGAGGCCGCCAAGAACAACGCCGCCAUGAACCCCAGAAACACCGUCUUCGAUGCCAAGCGUCUGAUCGGCCGCCGCUUCGACGACCCCACCGUCAAGAAGGACAUCGAGUCCUGGCCCUUCAAGGUCGUUGACGACAACGGCACCCCCAAGAUCGAGGUCGAGUACCUCGGCGAGAAGAAGACCUUCUCUGCCCAGGAGAUCUCCUCCAUGGUCCUCCUCAAGAUGAAGGAGAUUGCCGAGACCAAGCUUGGCAAGAAGGUUGAGAAGGCUGUCAUCACCGUCCCUGCCUACUUCAACGACAACCAGCGUCAGGCUACCAAGGAUGCUGGUGCCAUUGCUGGCCUCAACGUCCUCCGUAUCAUCAACGAGCCUACUGCUGCCGCCAUCGCCUACGGUCUUGGUGCUGGUAAGACUGACAAGGAGCGCAACGUCCUGAUCUACGAUCUGGGUGGUGGUACCUUCGAUGUCUCCCUCCUGAACAUCCUGGACUUCGACACCAACCUGCUCGACCACUGCAAGAAGGAGUUCACCCGCAAGACCAAGAAGGACCCCAGCAACGACCCCCGUGCUCUGCGAAGACUCCGCACUGCUUGCGAGCGUGCCAAGCGUACCCUCUCCAGCGGUGCCCAGGCCACCAUUGAGAUUGACUCUCUCUUCGAGGGUGAGGACUUCACCAUGACCAUCACCCGUGCUCGUUUCGAGGAGCUCAACGCCAAGGCCUUCGCCGGCACCCUUGAGCCUGUUGCCCAGGUCCUCAAGGACGCCGCCAUCGAGAAGAGCGCCGUUGACGAGAUUGUCCUCGUCGGUGGUUCCACCCGUAUCCCCAAGAUCCAGAAGCUUCUGUCCGAGUUCUUCGACGGCAAGAAGCUCGAGAAGAGCAUCAACCCCGAUGAGGCUGUCGCCUACGGUGCUGCCGUUCAGGCCGGUAUCCUCUCCGGAAAGGCCACCUCCGCCGAGACUGCCGACCUCCUGCUUCUUGACGUUGUUCCCCUGUCCCUUGGUGUCGCCAUGGAGGGUAACAUCUUCGCCCCCGUCGUCCCCCGUGGCCAGACCGUCCCCACCAUCCGCAAGAGGACCUUCACCACUGUUGCCGACAACCAGCAGACCGUUCAGUUCCCCGUUUACCAGGGUGAGCGUGUCAACUGCGAGGACAACACCUCUCUGGGUGAGUUCACUCUUGCUCCCAUCCCUCCCAUGAGGGCUGGUGAGGCCGUCCUCGAGGUCGUCUUCGAGGUCGACGUCAACGGUAUCCUCAAGGUCACCGCCACCGAGAAGUCCUCUGGCCGCAGUGCCAACAUCACCAUCUCCAACUCUGUCGGCAAGCUCUCCACCGGCGAGAUUGAGAAGAUGAUCAGCGAUGCCGAGGCCUUCAAGAGCAAUGAUGAGGCUUUCAGCAAGCGAUUCGAGGCCAAGCAGCAGCUCGAGUCCUACAUCGGCCGUGUUGAGGAGAUCGUCUCCGACCCCACUCUCUCCCUCAAGCUCAAGCGUGGCCAGAAGGAGAAGAUUGAGCAGACCAUCAGCGAUGCCAUGGGUGCUCUUGAGCUCCAGGACAGCACCGCUGAGGACCUGAAGAAGCAGGAGCUCGCCCUCAAGCGUCUCGUCACCAAGGCCAUGUCCUCCCGAUAA